GUCAGCUCCUGCACAGGAAACACAACAUCAGCAGCAUGAAGACUGAAACCGAGACCACUGUCAGUGAGUGAGACCUGGUCCACACUGAAGGACCGCCCACUCCUCCGGCUCCUGUACCUCCACAGAAACCGGCGUCUGGUUUCCUGCUGGUAGGCUCUAACGGACGCUGUGACGUGUUCAAGCUCUAAUGGACACUGUGAUGUGUUCAGGCUCUAAUGGACGCUGCGACGUGUUCAGGCUCUAAUGGACGCUGUGAUGUGUUCAGGCUCUAAUGGACGCUGUGAUGUGUUCAGGCUCUAAUGGACGCUGCGACGUGUUCAGGCUCUAAUGGACGCUGCGACGUGUUCAAGCUCUAAUGGACACUGAUGUAUUUAGGCUCCAAUGGACGCUGCUGUUUGUUGCCACCAUGGGGCUGAGAGCAGCUAGAAGGUUUUUAUUUAAUCUCUAUUAUUAUCUGUUACUCAGUUAUCAUAUUUUCUUUUGUACAUUUCAUAGUUAUUUAUUUGAACCAUUACUUAUAAUAUAUAUGUUCUUAAAACUACUACACAACUAUAAUAAUAAUAAUAAUAAUAUUUCUGCUUUCUAAAUUCAUUUUAUUUUUUAGAAUAACUUUUAUUAAAAAAUAACGUUCUACCUGUAAAAUCUGUUUGUAUUUUAUUGUUGUUUUUUUCUCUGUAUUCUAUUUUUAAAUCUACUUUUGUUCAUUUUUAUUCUGUUCGGUCUCGUCAAUCAUCUGAAGCACAAACCAAUCUGACAGACACACUGAUCACUGAUCAAUUAUUCUUCAUUAUUUAUGUUUGUCAGCUCUCCUGCUCUCCAGAGGCAGUGUUCUGUUGUUCUAUUGUUCGGUGUCCUGUUGUUCUGUUGUUCAGUGUUCUGUUGUUCUGUUGUUUUGUGUUUUGUGUUUUGUGUUCUGUUGUUCUGUGUUCUGUUGUUUUGCUGUUCUGUGUUCUGUGUUCUCUUGCUCAGUGUUCUAUGUUCUGUGUUCUUUUGUUCAGUGUUCUGUUGUUCUGUUGUUCAGUGUUCUGUUGUUCAGUGUUCUAUGUUCAGUGUUCUAUGUUCAGUGUUCUAUGUUCAGUGUUCUCUUGUUCAGUGUUCUAUUGUUCAGUGUUCUAUGUUCAGUGUUCUAUGUUCAGUGUUCUAUGUUCAGUGUUCUCUUGUUCAGUGUUCACUUGUUCAGUGUUCACUUGUUCAGUGUUCUCUUGUUCAGUGUUCACUUGUUCAGUGUUCAGUGUUCACUUGUUCAGUGUUCAGUGUUCUCUUGUUCAGUGUUCUCUUGUUCAGUGUUCUCUUGUUCAGUGUUCUCUUGUUCAGUGUUCUCUUGUUCAGUGUUCAGUGUUCUCUUGUUCAGUGUUCUAUGUUCAGUGUUCUCUUGUUCAGUGUUCUCUUGUUCAGUGUUCUGUUGUUCAGUGUUCUGUUGUUCAGUGUUCUAUGUUCAGUGUUCUAUGUUCAGUGUUAUUUUGUUCAGUGUUCUGUUGUUCAGUGUUCUGUUGUUCAGUGUUCUAUGUUCAGUGUUCUAUGUUCAGUGUUCUAUGUUUAGUGUUCUUUUGUUCAGUGUUCUAUGUUCAGUGUUCUAUGUUCAGUGUUCACUUGUUCAGUGUUCUAUGUUCAGUGUUCACUUGUUCAGUGUUCUAUGUUCAGUGUUCUGUUGUUCAGUGUUCUGUUGUUCUGUUGUUUUGUGUUUUGUGUUUUGUGUUCUGUUGUUCUGUGUUCUGUUGUUUUGCUGUUCUGUGUUCUGUGUUCUCUUGCUCAGUGUUCUAUGUUCUGUGUUCUUUUGUUCAGUGUUCUGUUGUUCAGUGUUCUGUUGUUCUGUUGUUCAGUGUUCUCUUGUUCAGUGUUCUCUUGUUCAGUGUUCUCUUGUUCAGUGUUCUCUUGUUCUGUGUUCUAUGUUCAGUGUUCUCUUGUUCAGUGUUCUCUUGUUCAGUGUUCUCUUGUUCUGUGUUCUCUUGUUCUGUGUUCUCUUGUUCUGUGUUCUCUUGUUCUGUGUUCUAUGUUCAGUGUUCUAUGUUCAGUGUUCUAUGUUCAGUGUUCUCUUGUUCAGUGUUCACUUGUUCAGUGUUCACUUGUUCAGUGUUCUCUUGUUCAGUGUUCAGUGUUCACUUGUUCAGUGUUCUCUUGUUCAGUGUUCACUUGUUCAGUGUUCUCUUGUUCAGUGUUCAGUGUUCUCUUGUUCAGUGUUCUCUUGUUCAGUGUUCUCUUGUUCAGUGUUCAGUGUUCUCUUGUUCAGUGUUCUCUUGUUCAGUGUUCUCUUGUUCAGUGUUCUGUUGUUCAGUGUUCUAUGUUCAGUGUUCUAUGUUUAGUGUUAUUUUGUUCAGUGUUCUGUUGUUCAGUGUUCUGUUGUUCAGUGUUCUAUGUUCAGUGUUCUAUGUUCAGUGUUCUUUUGUUCAGUGUUCUAUGUUCAGUGUUCACUUGUUCAGUGUUCUAUGUUCAGUGUUCUGUUGUUCAGUGUUCUAUGUUCAGUGUUCUAUGUUCAGUGUUCUAUGUUCAGUGUUCUAUGUUCAGUGUUCUUUUUUUCAGUGUUCUAUGUUCAGUGUUCUAUGUUCAGUGUUCUUUUGUUCAGUGUUCUAUGUUCAGUGUUCUAUGUUCAGUGUUCACUUGUUCAGUGUUCUAUGUUCAGUGUUCUGUUGUUCAGUGUUCUAUGUUUAGUGUUCUGUGUUCUAUCCACCCAGCAACCACAGCUCCCACUGGGAAUGUGCAGGUGUGUGUUCACUAACUGGCUCUGAUCAAACAACAAACACACCAACACAAGUUAAAGAGAAUCAAACAGACCACAGCUCACCUACAGAUGGAUACUGUAAUCAAUCACCAAUAAUCAAUCAUCAAUAAUAAAUAAUCCGAUUUGAAUCUGCACUAACAACUGACUGUUUGAACAGGCUGAGCAGGGAGCUGCAGAUGCCUCAGGCCAAACUCCAUUCACAAAAUCCGGAUUUGAAUUCCCUCCUCUCUUCUUUUCAGUACAGACUCCCUGACGUUGGAGGUCAAAGUUUGGAACUGAUUCAAAGCGAUUAUUGAUUAUUGAUUAUUGUUGAGGUUUUGGAGGAGUGGAAAAGUUUGGAUUCUCUGGUGUCUCUGAUGUUAGACCUGUAAAGGAUUGGACGACAAUCUCUCAUGGGUGGCAUAGGAAAACUUCUCAAUGACCAACAAGAACGAGACAGAUCCG